AUGAACAAUAUUACACUACUAGCAGAGAUCAUAGUGAAUGUUAAGAAUGGUGAUGACUGGUGUUGCAGUGAUUGCUUUUUAAGAAGUGUCCCGGACAAACUCCCCAGUUCUGUCAGAACAUUGGAUUUCAGUUUCAAUUACCUGUCAUCUCUGUAUAAUACUACUUUUCACAGGCUAAAUGAACUUGUUUCAUUGGACCUGACACGGUGCGGCAUUGCCUUCAUAUAUGACGACAUCUUUCAAAAUCAGCAAAAGCUAGAGCAUCUCAUCCUAACUGGAAACCCCAUUGUUUUUAUAGCAGAUACUGCUUUUUCAGCAUUAAUAAAUCUGAAAUAUCUCAGUAUGGUUCAGGCAUCAGUAAACAAACUAACAGACAUCCCCAUAGCUAAUCUCAAUAAUUUGGAAAUCCUGGACCUCAGUGGAAAUGACAUUCAGUCCUUAAAAGGUCUAGAUAACUUCUACCAAGAAAGACUAAAAAAACUUCGCCUGGACAAGAAUUCUAUUGAGAAAAUAGAAAGGGAUGACUUGCGGGCACUAAAGGAUGGCAUGGACAUCAGUUUUAAAGGGAAUGACAUUGUUUCUAUUGAGGCGGGCGCUUUUGAGGCUCUGAAGUUUCACAGUUUGGAUUUUAGCGACUGCUUCAACAAAGUGGAUAUCUCGGUCAUACUGACAGGACUCAGAGGUGUGACGACUAAUAUACUGAAACUUGGGGUGUAUAAGGACAGUCCCAAGACCUUUAUACAAUCCCUCUCUCUACAAAACCUGAGUGAUGUUACAGUGCAAGAGAUUAAUUUCCAGCUCCAGCAUUUCAAAGACCUCAAAACCACCACAUUUGAGGGUCUGACAAACCUUGAGAGGCUUGACUUCACAAGAACACAUAUGUCUUUUUUGAACAUACACAUUUCCAGCCUGAUUCACCUUGUAUUGAAUGAAAACAACUUUGAGGACAUAUGCAACAUCAGUAUGGCUAAUUUUUCUGACCUUACACACUUGUCUAUACGAGGAAACCUUUGGUCGAAAGGACUCACUCUUCAGAAGAGCUGCCUGGCCAGUCUCUCACUUUUAGAGCGGCUGGACCUCAGUCAUAGUAAUUUAAAAACAGGUGCGUCAUGUUGCGCAAACCAGCUGAGUGGCUUAAGUAACCUUAAGCACCUCAAUCUCAGUUAUAACUUCGCUAUGCAGUGGGAUCCUCUGCCUUUCAAUGCCACACCACAACUCAGACUCCUAGACUGCAGUCAUCUAUACUUUACGCUUAACUCUAGUGCACCUUUCCAGAACUUGCUACUUCUUGAGACUCUGAACCUCUCUUACACAUCAGUAGACCUAUCAAACCUGCACCUAUUUGAGGGAUUAAAGAAGCUACGCCUUCUUAAUCUUAAAGGGAACAUUAUUCAGGGUGGAACAGUAACAGAAACAACUUUUUCAGCACAUUUUCUGAACACUCCACUUUUGCAGAACCUUAUUUUAUCAGCAUGUGGAAUCACAUCCAUUGAGAAAAAAGCUUUCCAAGUCCUCAGCCAACUUGUGUAUGCAGACCUAAGUGAAAAUGAACUGCUUUUGCUCACCACCUCUGCUUUCUUCUCACUCAAACAGAUCCAUCUUAACUUUGCAAGAAAUACCAUUGUCACAGUCGAAGUCAGAGACGUGGAGGACUUAGGGGAAAACAGCAGCAUUGACUUAAGUCAUAAUCCACUGGCAUGCAACUGCACCAACAUCCAGUUCAUUAAUUGGGUUAAGGCUAAUGGCAGAAAAAUGAAGCAUCUUGAAGAAACUGUUUGUGCUGCUACCAAACCUAAGAGUAUCGACUACAUCAUCAGCAACACUGCUACACAUUUUUAA